AUGUAUAGUCGUGAUCCUCGUAAGCGAUUCGAGUCGAAUGCUUGGCGUCGCCGACUGAGACAAUGGAAGGAGCUGAGGUCUGCCAAGCUGAGCAUGAUUUCCAAGAAGUACAUGUUUCGAAGGGUUCUACUUAACUUCUUCUUCUUCGUCUUCCUGUUAUGGGAAGUGUUCGUUGGCGAGGCAUCUUUCUGGGAGGUCAGAACUUGGCUGGAUGUCCUCAUCUUCGUCGAUGUCCUCUUGGAUGUGUUCCUCUUCCUCAUUGCAUGCCUCGCGGUUAAGUGGCCGAGCGCUCCUGUUUUCAGUCGCCAUUUGCAGGUUGCUGUGCAUGCUAUGUUCGGUAUAUGUAGGGUGUCGCUGUAG